UGUGUGCACCACGUUAAAACUCUCAAUGCAUUGCACAAUUCAUCCCCCAAAAAGUAUCGCAACAUGUUUCAAAACAAUUUCCAUCGCAUUCUGUCGUGCAUUUUAAAUUUCUCACGGGGAUGAGAAAAAAUCAGAAAAAGAAAAAUUCAAAAUCCAAAUUUUUUACUGAAAAAUUGUCAACGACAGGCUUCAAAAAAUUAUUUAAAUAAUCUCGAUGGUGUGUGAUGUUUGUGCAGCCCCUUGUGCCGUCCCCUCACUUCCCACCCCCGCGAAAAAUUCCCCGCAAUUUCCCGAAAAAUGAAAAAACUAUUGAAUUAAACAAUCUCUGUAGAUAAAAAAAUCAUCUUUUUUACUCGUGAGAAUAAGCUCGGGAAUUUUAUUUUUUUCGGGGCUCGGGGUGAAAUUUGGGGUGUGGUGCCUGAUAUGUGAUAAAAAUCCUCGUUAUGAUUAAAACAUCACGGGUAAAGUUAUAAGUAAUUUAUCCUAAAUUCCCUGAACAAUUUAUCUCACGAAUUAUCUGGAUUAAAUCUCCAAAUGGCCUGAAUUCACAUCAUCCCCGGCGCUCAACGCUAGUCACUGCACGUUCCAUGAAGCUCACCUGCUCUGUAUCGUCGAUGGGCGUGCGGGGGUGACUGGAGUGAUGGGAUGGGGCCAGAGCCCCAUGGAGUUCGGGUAGGCCCGUCUCCGGCCCAGCUCCCCAGCCCCCUCCGCCAUCGUAAUCGUCACCGAUCGUGCAAGCGAAGAGGUGGGCCACCUCGUACGCGAUGGAGGCAGGUAGUACUCAACAACGUAAGGAGAAGGUACCACGUGUACACAGACCUUGCGCCUUCGAUAAGAUGGAGGGGCUGGUGCGGAAGAUGCAAGACGCGGAGAACGGUGUGCCCGUUGGCAGCCAGAAACAAUUUCUCACGUCAAUACCUUCGGCAUUCAUGGGCUACGAUCUCAUAGAGUGGCUGAUAGACCGACUCUCGAUCGAUGAAACCGAGGCGGUCCAUCUAGCCAAUCAGCUGUGCCAAUAUGGUUAUUUCUUCCCAGUGAAUGAUUCCAAAACUCUCACUGUUAAGGAUGACAGUUCCCUCUAUAGAUUUCAGACACCGUAUUAUUGGCCUUGGCAGCAUCGAACACCUGACAAUGUCGAGUACGCGAUAUACCUAGCAAAACGCACUCUGAGGAACAAACAACGUCACGCGCUUGAGGAAUACGAGAUUGAAUCACUGAACAGCCUGAGAAAAAAUCUAGCCAACAAAUGGGAGUUGAUACAGAUGCAGGCGGAGGAGCAGGUGCGUCUCUCCAAGGAGCGUAAAAAGGGUGAUAAAAUAGUGAGUGAUUCGCAAGAGCGUGCGUUCUGGCGUGUCUACAGGCCACCCCCAGGAUGCCCAAGCAGUCUCGAGGUCGUUCCAGUGCCAACAAGAGCUAGACCUGGUGCAAAACUCCCCGUCAGGAAGCGAACGCUCAAUGAUUUGCAGCGCGAGGUUGAACUAUUGAGAAACAGUUUGACUCGCACACGAACAAAGGUAUCCGUAGCCAUUGAAAAUUUAAAAACUCAUUACGAAACGUACACGGAGUACGAUCCGAUGAUAGUGCCACCCCAGCCGUCAAAUCCCUGGAUGACGGAUGAUCAGUCAUUCUGGCAACUGAAUAGUCCUCUUGUCGAUGUACCUACGGAAAAGCGGGUCAAGAGGUGGGGGCUAUCCAUGGAGGAGCUGAUGUUUGACCCCACGGGAUUGCUAGAGUUCACUAAUUAUCUUAGGAAGGAGUACAGCCAUGAGAAUAUCAGAUUCUGGCUUGCUGUCAAGGAUCUGAGACACUGCAAUCAGGCGCACAUUGGAGAUAAAGUCAAUGAAAUUUUUCGGGAAUUUUUGGCACCUGGAGCACCGUGCGAAAUAAACAUUGAUGGAAAAACAAUGGAGAGAGUCCAUCAGGAGAUGAAAAAUCCUAGCAGAUUCACAUUCGAUGCUGCUGCUGAACAUGUUUACACACUUCUACUUAAAAAGGACUGCUAUCCUAGAUUCAUAAGGUCUGAUCAUUACAGAAAUCUACUGGCUGCUGGGGUACAACCACUGCAGAAGAAAAGAUUUUUCAAUUUCGGGGGACAAACGAAGAAAAAAACCACAGCCUCAGGUGGUAUGGGUGGUUUGCAGCAAGCAAGUAUGGGUGGUUCAACGAGUGGUGGUAGAAGAAGGGGCAGUGAUCGAAGUCUAUCAGGAUCAGCCCAUGAAUUAGCUGUCUGUGGUAUACGUGACGUGACUACUGCCCCCAGAGUGCCACAUUCCCUCAGCCAACAGAAUCUAACGGAUAUUCCCUACAGGGGAGACCUGGAGCGUCUCACUAAGAACAUUUCCAGGCCUAGUCCACGUAGUGUUCAGGAUGCUGGUGCCACCGAGACAUCAGUGGUUCGCCCUAUGGACGACGUGUGCCCCUGGGACGCAGCGCCAGGUCCGAGCAACGAGCCAGACGCAAUCGCCGGCACCUCGUCAGGCUCGACUGAGCCCUCCAACUGGUCUGGUAUGCCAUUACCACCGGACACUGGGUCAAGAGCAUCACGAAAGAAUUCCUCGCAAUUUGACUCGUGCAGUUCUUCUUCAGAUGUUAGUAUAGCCAUUGCUGAGGCGUCUGAACGAUUGAGAAAAACUUGUGGCCUCCAGCACUCGACCACCAUAGCCGGGCCAAAUUUAACGAGAAAUUACUCGGUUGGACCAGUGCUCAGGGUCAAAUUGGCGGAUACCAGCAGAUCUUCGGUGUCUUCGUGCAAUUUUCCGUCACCACAACAUAGCUUUGAUCUGUCUGGGGGGCAUCUCGGGGGACAGGGGCAUCCGGUUCUUCAGCUUCAUCAACUAGAUGUCGCCAAAAGUGUCCCAGAAGAGUCUGAGAAUUGGAGUACAGAGGAGAGUGCUUCAGAGCUCGAUGACUCGAAGGAAUCGAGAGCCCCAGGGAUAGCGCCACUCAUAAGUAUCUCAACAAUAGUAGGUGAUAUUGCUGGUGAAUCUGGGGAGCUCGAUGAUGACAGCAUUCCUGUGACAAUUGAGGAAAUACCAGAAGUUGAGGAAAAGUCGAAUGAAAAAAGUGAUGAACAUUGCGAGGGGAGAGAGACUGAUUCUGGAGAAGAAGCACAAGUUGUACCUGUCUGGGUCCCCGAGGAUAAUGAAAAUGAUCCUGAGGGACCGAAGAAGGGGGGCGAGCAAGUGCCGGGGGAACGUGACAAUAAUGUUAAUGAAGUUUGCCCAUGGGAAGAUGAGGAAAAUUGUAGAGUGGAUGCACCCUAUGUAAAGACCUAUGCGACCCUAGGAUAUUUGUAGAGGUGCUUGAGGCAGAUGAACAUUUUUAGACCUGAAAAUAUGAAAAUGAGAAUUUCGUCGUGAAGAGGAGUAAUUGUAUAAAUUUUUGCUGCAUUUGGAGGUGUCUGGCGGUAUUACCCACGGUUUUCUCAAUCAAUCUCGAGUGUCAGCGGUUCAAUAACCCCCGCAACGUCUUGGAAAUUAUUCACAAACACCAAAACAGGUACAAAAACUAAUUGUAUUCACUAAGUAAUGAAGAUAAAACAGAAAAUUCGUCGAAUAACUCUCGAAAUGUUUUCAAAAAAGUCGAUCAAUCCGCCAUUUCUUCAAUUGUCUAAUUAAUUCGUUGAUUAAUUAAGCAGAUUGAACAAUUAAUUUAAUUAAUUUUCUUUAAAAAAACUAAUUUUACAUAAUUUAAAAAAAAAUAAUGAUGUUUG